AUCUUGCAAGACUUACGUUAUCCUUUAAGCCUCCUUCAGCUAACACAACAACAUUUUUUGCACUUAAUGACGCUUAAUUUCAUUUCUUAUCAGGUCCUUUGGGGGGAUUAUUCAUUCAUAUAAAACAAUCUGCAGCUGGUGCCUGCCUAAAGUCUCCCUCCUAUGAGUGCAGUCAUCUAUUAUUGAGCGAAAGGCCGUGCGUGGAAAUGUGUGUAAGACGGUGGAUUUGAAGUAGAAUUGGUUGCAAUCGAUCAAGGGUGAAGAAUAUUGCUGAUGGUUACAAAAGAAGCAGCAAUGUCUUUCUCGCAGUUUGGAUACCCCUACAAUGCAACUUCACAGUUUUUCGUGUCGGCAAACCCCAGUACGACUUGCUGCGAUUCGAUUUCCAGGUCGGUCUCUGACGGGACAGGCGGCUCCCAGACCGCCGCUGCUGCCGCCGCCGCCGCCUCUUUCUGCUGCCCGUCCUACGAGAACCGGCUCCUGGCGAGCAGCCGGACGGAGCUGAACGCGGCGCUGGGGAUGUACAGCUCUCCCUACGCUGCAGCGGCCGCCGCCAGCCAGAACUACGCCAACUACUUCCCCUACAGCACCGACCCAUCCGCUAUCUAUUCCACUCUGAAUCCGCAAUAUGACAUUAAGGACAGUACGGGCACUUUGCACUCUGGCAUCACUCAAACUGCUGCAUACUACCCAUAUGACCAUUCACUGGGCCAGUAUCAAUAUGACAGAUAUGGGUCUGUAGACUUUAAUGGCACAGCCAGACGAAAGAAUGCAACCCGGGAAACCACCAGCACCUUGAAAACAUGGUUGUAUGAGCACCGCAAGAACCCCUACCCCACCAAGGGUGAGAAGAUCAUGCUGGCCAUCAUCACCAAGAUGACCCUCACUCAAGUGUCCACCUGGUUCGCCAAUGCCAGGAGGAGGCUAAAGAAGGAGAACAAGAUGACCUGGUCACCAAAGAAUAAGGCCAACGAUGACAGGAAGGAUGAUAUUGACAAAAGUGACCAAGACUGCGUCACCAAAGAUUCCAGUGACUGCAAAGAUGAGAAGGACUUGCGUCUGAGUGACCUGGAGGACAUGGAGGAAGACUGCGAUAAGCUGGACAGUGACUGUGAGAAAGUGACUCCAGAUGAGCAGGACCUCGAGCGGGCCAUGGCGCUAUCUGGGGGCCCUCAAAAGAGAGACUGCAGCUCUGAGCUGCACCUGAGCCUGGCUAACAGCUUCCAUCCUUUCCCCUGCACCAUCAAGAGCGGGGUCACGCUCCCUCCUCUUCCCUCUGACUUCCUGGAUCCUGCGGUGUCUAAGUCCCCCUCCACAACAGUCCCCACAGGAACUGUGUCCCUGUCCCACUUCGAAGCAUCAGACAAGCCACGGAUCUGGUCUCUGGCUCGUACAGCGGCCUCAGGGGUUAUCCUGAGCCCACAGCAUGGCUCAGAGCUGAGGACAGGCAACUCGGCCGGGGACUGCCAGCUCCAGAGCACCAGGCUCCCUGGGGCUUCUGUUGGACAGUGUGGGGGUAUAAGGGGCCUCCAUGAAUCUAGCAGUGUCACCAAUGCUGAGAACCCCUUCCAGGAGGGCCCACCUUUGCACUCAAAAGUCUACGGCACAGGCAGUUACAGCCAUAAGGGCCUCCAGCUGCACUGUUCCUCAUACUCAGCACUCCAAGACACAUGUCAGUACUCCACUAUCGAAGGGUUCUCUGGAGGCAAGGCAGAGACAGAGUCGUCUGACCUCAGCGAAGCCUGCGGGACCAUACAGGAUGACAAGGUCACUGCAUUCAGACCGGUGAUGAAGAGGUGAAGCAGAUCGCUGGCAGCUGUAUUUAAUAUUUGGACAUUUAUUAUGCACUAAAGGACACACUGGUCGAGAAGCGGCCUGAAUAUGACACAUGGGAACUACCUGGCGCUGCUGAAGUGAGAACUGACAACUCAAACUGUGGACGUGGCUAUAAUUUUGCACAAUGUUGUUUUUAUGGUGUUGAUGACUUUAUGCAAGAAUUUUAGAUGCAAAGGUAUGAGAAUGGCCGAUUGAAACUGGCCGAAAUUGUGUAUGGGCAAUCGUGUAGUGUAGCGAACGUGUUUAUUUAUCUACGUAUUUGUUAUCUGGUCUGUUUAAUUUAUUUAUUUAUUUUAUUUAAGUGUUUAAUUAUUUCAUUUAGUAUCUCCUUUAAAUGUUUUGUUACAUGUUGCGUUUCACUGUGGCUGCGUGGCCCGAUUUAAAAAGACAAAUGCUUGUUGUCGGACAUAAAGUUGACACAUAAAAAGACUGGAUCUGCUACGUUGCGUGUGGCCCUGGAGAAUUUGUCAUUGUGUUUAAAUGUGAGCUUAUUCUGUGUUUGCCAUUCAUGAAAUAUUUUAUAAGAAUGCUGUUUU